ACCCGCGGGUUGAACCCGUAAACCCGUAAUGCUAUCAACGGCUGAGAUCGUAAGAUCUAACUUCUCUCUUAUAUAACUCCUCAAACAAAAAAUUUCUCAGUUCCUCCAAAACCUAAAAUCUCCGCUGCGGCUCAGAAGAAGGAAACGAAAGGCUUUCUAGGGUUUUCUUCAUCAUGGUUCUCUCAAAUGAUAUCGAUCUGUUGAAUCCAAAACCUGAUUUGGAGAAGAGGAGGCACAAGCUUAAGCGUUUGGUUCAAUCCCAAACUCCUUCUUCAUGCCUGCCUGCCUGUCAACGAAACUGCUUCCCAUUCAGUUUGUAUGUAUUUGAGAAUAAUUUUGGAAACGCUUUAACUUGUUGGAUGUUUUUGAGAUGUCAAUGUUCCAAUUUGCUUGAUCACUUUAAUGGGAGGACAUCAUUUGCAGUCUAAGAGACACUCCCUAAUUGAUGUUGCGAUCAAAUGUGAACUCAGACUGUCUCGGAGACUUUUCGAUUUGUGAUGGGACAUUCUUUCCGUCUCUCCACGAUGAGAUGUCUGCAAUUGUGGGUUGUUUCAACCGGCGUGCACAGAACCUGCUACAAGUUCAUUUAUCUUCGGGUUUCAGAAAGUAUUUUACAUGGAUUAAGAGAAAACUUGUGAAAGGAAAUCACGUUGCUAUGGUUGAAGAAGGCAAAAAAGGUUUACUACAUAUCUUUGCAGGUUAUGCGGUUGGAGGAGGACAUGUAUUGCAUAUGGUUUGUGAUUUAACAAUAGCUGCUGACAAUGCCGUUUUUGGCCAGACAUGUCCAAAGGUUGGAAGUCUUGACGCAGGUUAUGGAAGUUCCAUCAUGUCUCGUUUGGUCGGGCCGAAAAAAGCACGUGAAAUGUGGUUUCUAGCUCGAUUUUACAAUGCUUCUGAAGCAGAGAAGAUGGGGCUAGUGAACGUCGUAGUACCGGAUACUACUAUGGAUGUAGGGUGGCAGCAGUCAACCUCAUCGGCAAUACAAGCCGAAGGAAUGUCUCGCUUCACUGCUGUCUAGUGGGCACAAAAACUAACAAUUAUGCUG